AUGGACGCGCAGGCCGGGCGCCCCCGCAGCCGCCCCCGCAGCCGCCGCCGCCGCCGCAGCCCCGGGGCCCAGCGCACCGCCGGCCGCACGCGCGCCUCCGCGGGGCCCGCACCACGCGGCUCGCCGCCUCCCGUCCGCAGCGCCCGGGUUCUGAGCCGCCGGGGCCUCACCUCCCCGCUUCGCCCCCCAACCCCCGGAGCCGCGCACAGUCGCUCCCAGGCGACCGCCCCCCACGCCGCGCCCCUUCUAGCUGUCGUCCCGCCCCCGACGAGCACCGAGCCAGCGCCUGGCGACGGGGAGCCCCCGCCCCGCCCCGCCCCGCCCCGCCCGCAGGCAGCCGUGGGGCGCCCACCCGAGGUUCACCGCCUGCGCCGGGCCCUGCGUCGGGGGCCGCUCGCACGCACCUACUCCCCUGUCCACGCCUCCCGCCGUCCGGCCACGUCCUCCUCCGUCCUCCCUUCCCGACACCCCGUCCUUCCCCUGCUCUCAGCGGGGCCCUCGGCUCUAGGAAAGACGGCACCUGCCCCCCUCCCCGCCCCGUCCUCGGAAUCCCGCCUUCCGGGGCACCGCCAGGCCCCGCAAAACUCCAGGGGCCCCAGUCAGCGACUCCGCGUCGCCGCCCCCCGCCCCCCGCCCCCCGCACGGAAGAUGCAGUUUCGGCCUCCGUUGGGGGUUCCCCUGGCGCCCCCGGCUGCGGGGCGGGCACCCCUGACGCUGUCGCCCGAGCAGGGAUGCGCGCCGGCCGCGCGGCGGGGCUCGGUCCUCGGUAACCCGGGCGGCGGGCGGGCGAGCGGGCGGGCGCGGCCUGGAGGGGGCGCCCCCUCGGCCCCGGAGCGCACCGGGCUGGGCGAACUCGGGCGCCGCGGCGUCGGCAGAGCCAGGUGCCCCGUGGUGGCCGCGUUCCGGGUUCCGGCCGCGGGCGCCCCGAAGCUGCCAGUGCCUGGGGCCACUGCGUACCUCGCCACCCGGCCGCCCAAGCCCCAAGGCUCCGCAGGUCCGCAUCCGCAGCCCGCGCGACGCGAGGCGUCAGCACCGGCCCCAAGGGGGACAGGCCCGGCGGGAGGGGCCCACCUGCGGCCCGACGCCGGCUGCGGCACCUCGGGCUGCGGGCGUCGCGACAGCCGCUUCCUCGGGUGCCGACCCCGGCUCCAGACCCGGCUGCGGGGGCCCGGACCAGCUCCGCCACGGGGGACCCCGGCCACACACGGCGGGCCGGCCCCGCUGACCCUCGCCCGGGACCCCGACCUCGCCCCCCAACCCCACCCCCGCCCCGGAACCCCGGCCUCGCCCCGAACCCCAGCCCCGCCGAGGGGCGCGCGGUCCGUCGCUGGCCUCCUGGCCCGGGGUGCUCGGGUCCCGCACCCCGGGGACCAGGAGGAGCGGCCCGCGGGUCUGCGCCCCGGUCACGCCCCGGUCACGCCCCGGUCACGCCGCGCCUCCGCCCGCACCUGCGCCCUCGCCCCUCCCGGCACCUUCGGAGCCCUCGGCCGGGCCGGGGUCGGCGGGGGCGUCUGCCGGGGUGCGCAGGGGGCGCGGGGAGCGGACACCCGGCCGCAGGGUGCGGGACGCCGCCCUCGGGUGCUCGACCCGGUCUCCCGCCCCCGGGACCGCGCGGGCCCCAGAUCCUGCGGCUUCACGGGCGACGGCGACCCCGGCCCCUCGGCUCUGCGCCGCGUCGAUUCCUCUGGCUGUGGGCGAGCUGAGCGUCUCCUGGCACCGCGCAGUCCCCCGCCGGGCCCGCCCCGCGCAGCGGGGACUUCGUCGGCCCGUAUUUAA